AUGAAGUUCUCUACCCUCAUCAGCUUGGCGGCCGCCGCUACCACCGCUAGUGCUUCAUACAUCAACUACACCACAGUGACUGGAUAUUUCCUUCAAGAUGACCCUUCCACCAAUCCUUCAACAUUUGUCUACUAUCAAGAAGACUUUGGCCUGAUCAAUCGCACCUACACCGGCCAGGGCAAGGCACACGGAAGAAGCCAAUGGCAAAAGUUUUACCAAGAACUCAAGCGAAUGAAUCGCGAGUCGCCGGAGAAUGUGCAGUACAAGGUCUUCUUUUUCGGCAGACACGGUGAGGGAUACCACAAUGCGGCCGAGUCGUUUUACGGAACGCCUGCUUGGAAUUGCUACUGGGCCGAAGUGAAUGGCAACGGCACAGCCACCUGGAACGACCCAGCCUUGACUCCCAAUGGAAUCUCCCAAGCCCAGAUCGCCCACAAAUACUGGCAAACCCUGAUCGACGAGGAGAAGAUCCACACUCCCGACGCGUACUAUGUAUCCCCCCUAACCCGCUGCUUGCAAACCGUCGAUAUCACCUUCUCUGGCCUGGACAUGCCCCACCCCAGCGCAGAAUUCAAGCCUAUCGUCAAGGAACUUCUCCGCGAAGGAAUCAGCAUCCACACCUGCGACAACAGACGAAGCAAGACGUAUAUCCGGAACCUCUACCCCGAGUGGACUAUCGAAGAGGGCUUCACCGAGAACGACGAAUACUGGAAUGGCAUCAGCGAGGAAACCAGCUCCUCCCAAGCCAUCCGCUCAAAGAAAGCCCUCGACCAAAUCUUCACGGAACUCAACAAUGUUGAAGAAAGCGACUGCGAGCCCGCGGGUGACAACCUCUUCGUCUCCGUGACCAGCCACUCCGGCGAAAUCUCGUCGUUGUUGAGCGUGCUUGGUCAUCGCCCAUUCAGACUUGCUACUGGUGCGGUGAUCCCUGUGCUCGUUAGAGCCGAAACAAUGAAGAAGACCGUUCCGACCGCGUGCCAGACUUGGGCCGUGAACCCUCAUUGUACAGCUCCCCCCGUGACCUCGGCUGACGUGUGUGUUUGUUCUGCGUCGGCGACACCAGUGACCACGCCGUUGGUUACUAUUACUUCUGAGCCUCCAACUGUUACGGCGACUGUAUGUUAUUGA